AAGAGAUUUGGCGGGUUCGAAAUUAGACGAAAAUCAGCUGUUACUGUGGGCUUGAAGACGAAACCAAAACAUCAAAUGGCUAAGGAUAUCUAGGGUAUAUAAUAAAAGCCAAGAUGCCAGUCCCGAGGUCUCGAUCGAAGCGCUACAACUCUGAGUAUCAAACCCAUUAUAAGAAGUUUGACUCAAAGCGCCCAAUCACAGUGAAAGGAGAGGUUACUCGCACUAUAAGCCCAGUGGAUAUGCAGAGUAUCAGAUCAACCCCUCGGGCAGGUCUGCAGUCCACCAAGCUUGGGAUCAUCCAUGAGCCACCACUUCAGAGAAAGCGAAUUGUGCCUUAUGAAAAGAACCAUAACAUAUUUCCUACGGGUACUGUAAAGGAAGUCCCUGAUCAAGUCUGGCUUGCAGAUGAUGUGUCAUCAGUAUCAUCAUAUUCGCCCCCAAAACAUAAGCAUUCCAGUAAAUCGAAUGGUCAUCACCAUAAUUCAAGACACAAGUCAGAGAGUGCAAAAGAGCCUCCAAUAUUAAAAGCUGAGAGAAAACUACUUGCAAGCACAAGUCCCACUCGAUCGGCCAACUACCCAUAUGUCUCUGACCGCAUACCAAGAAAGAGUACAUACACACAAGACUUUGCUGAUGGCAGAAAAUCAAAAGUAAAAGAGAGAAGAGCUAAAAGUGCUUCUCCAAUUCGUAAGCCAAAGGAAAAAGUUGGUGGAUGUAAACAAGGUAUUACCCCUGAUAGGAUGCCUGCUGCUGGCAUCAGGACCGUCACUAGCAUGGGUGAUGCAAGGCUCAUCAAACCCUCUGACAAUUCAGACUAUAUGCGCUCCCCAGAAAUGAAACAGCAUAGAAGGGCUUUUGAUACAGAAUACAAAAGCCGUUUUAAGUUGGUGCAUGGAACAUGGGUUGAGUCACCUGAGAAGCAAGAAAGACCAAGCCCAGUUGGUCCAUCUGACAUCAACCGUGGAUGGUACCAAGAGGCAAUAAGCAGGCGCGAUGAGGCCUACGGAUAUGCCCACCGAGAACGAGGGACACACUUUUCGCAUAAAGAGCUGGACCGACAGAACCGUCUUCAGGCUAAAGCUCAGAGGGAUGAGGACUCUUUUAGUAGUAGGUCCGAGUCCAUACACUCCCAAGAACACUCUCCUAACAAGCGAAAAACACGUGGCAAGCACACGAACGGGCAGCGCAAGAAUGGUUCAGAGACUGCUCCCCCUAGACGAGAAGCGUGGAAUAAGAGACCGGCAUCACCUGAAUCUGAAUACUCGACUACGACUUAUGGUGGUACAGAGACGACGGAGGAUGAAGGACCGAAUUUCUUGGAAAGGGGUCGGUCACCUACCCCGGAACUGCGCGAGGCUGGGCAAGCAAGACGCCAUCACUAUGAUGUCACAACUAACAUCCUCAAUGACAAACUCCAGAAAUCCCUGACAUUCUCUGACGAGAAAAGAAAGCAGCAAAAUCGUCCCUCAAAGAAUAAACAUCGGAAGUCUUCCCCGCACAAUAGUGUUAGCGAUGGGGGCUCUUAUGGCCCUCCGCCUAACUCACGGGGAAACAGGAAGAGAGAUGACCGAGAUGAUGAUGUGAUGUCAGAGGUUUCCAUGGCAAGCCGAGCCUCGGCUGCUUGUGAAACUCUUGAUAGAGCAAGGAAACGUAGGGACGAGUUUUGGGCUAAGAAAGACUAUAGCAAAACUCAGUAAGCAAGAUGGUUUAUGAGAGAAAUAUUAUUUGCUUUUUAACAUUAUUUGUACUCCCGAUUUUUAUGUUUAUCAGAGGAUGAGUUUAUAUAUUUUAUCGCUUAUUUUAUUAGAAAUUUCUAUUUGAGUGUACUUAUUUGAUCAUCCGAACGGAUUUGGGCCAGAUCUUUUUAAUUUAAUUUUUUUGGUACAAAAUAAAGAACACUUUACACUUGUUAAGGCA